AUGACUGGAAGGAAAGUAAAGAAAGCGCCCCUGGUGGCCGUGUACGCCGUGAGGGGACAAACGGCGCACCUCCCAUGUAACCUGACGCGUCCACCCCCUGAGGACACCGUAAUUCUCGUCUUGUGGUACAGAAACGACACAAAGACGCCAGUGUUCAGCGUCGACUCCCGGAGGCUUGGGGAAGCUGACGGGCGCGAGGCGGGGAGCACGAGGGCCUCAGACUUAUUCCAGGGGCGCGCCAGCUUCCAGGAGGGCGUGCAGGGGCGGUGGGACUGGGCUCUGGUGGUGAAGGAGGUGGAGUUUAGCGACCAGGGAGAGUACCGAUGCAGACUCGAUUUCCAGUCCACGCCAACACAUAACGCCAGAGUGUUGCUGUAUGUUGUGGAGUUGCCUAGGCGUCUGGAGGUCUUUAGUGAGGGCGGCGUGGCGGCGGAGGGUGUGGUAUCUGUGCAGGAAGGGCGGCCGCUCACCCUCACCUGCCGGGCGUGGGGAGGGGACCCGCAACCCAACGUCACCUGGUGGUCAGGAGACGAACUAAUUGACUCGGAAGUGGAGGAGCGAGCGGAGGUUCCAUUCAGCACCACCACUACCUCCACCUACUCCCUAGACGACUCCUUCCCCCCGUCCUCCUACUCCACGGACGUCACCUCCUCGUUCUCCUCCUCCUCCGACACCUCCUUCAAUCAAGUGACGCCCCAGGAUGCCCAGAUCACUAAUAUCCUCCACUUGGAAGCCGUCACCGCCGCUCUCCUGGGCCAGAAUCUCACCUGUACGGCCGCCAACACACCGGUUCUCACGCCUCUCAGUAAAUCGCUCUCCCUCCUCGAGAAAGGCGAGGAGUCCGUGGCGGUUGAGCUGAGGACGUUACCGCAGCACCUGUCCGGGGGGCGCACGUACAACCUCACCUGCGUGGCCUCAGGUGUGUGGCCGCCCCCCACCCUCACCUGGCGACUCCGAGGCAAGAAGAUCACCCGCAAUGUUCAUCUGAGGCACCCCGGCGGAGACCUGACGGAGGGGGUGUUCGAGCUGCGGGCGAGCGUGGGGGAUGACGGCGGCCUGCUCGAGUGUCAGGCCACCUCCCCGACGCUGCCUCACCUAACCGCCACGGACUCCGCCAGGCUCACCGUGCACUACGUGCCCCAGGCUAGCAUCAGCAUCGAGGGGGGCGAGGGGGGGCUGGAGGCAGGGGAGUCGGCCAUUCUCACCUGUGCAGCGCGCGCCAACCCGCCCGCCUACAACUUUACCUUCCUGCUGAACGGGCGGCCGCUGCAUCGAGCCAACGUGGUAGAGAGUGGACAGUCUCUAACACUACUUGAGGUAACACACAAGGACGCGGGACUCUAUACAUGUGUUGCGUCGAAUUCUGAGGGAGAUGGACAGAGCAACGCCGUACCCCUCCAUAUAGACUUCCCCCCUGUGUGCGCAUGGGAGGGGGUGAAGGAGAUGCUGGCGGUGGUUGGGGAGAAGGUGAGGAUGGAGUGUAAAGUGCUCGCUUCUCCCCCUGACGUCAUGUUCACCUGGGAGAGGGUCACUUUCACCGCUAACAUGACGCAGCUGAGGUCGGCACUGCAGCACGACGACUCUGGCCUCACCUCGACCGGCUGGGCCACGGCGCAGGGCAACCUCAGCAGUACCCAGGGAGCCAUGCGGGCCGAGUGCCAGCCGAGGAAUGACCUGGGGAAGGCUGACCAUCCGUGUGUCUUCGCCAUCCGUAUUGUGGGGGAUCCGAGCCCACUGACCGGCUGCCACCAACACGACAUCACCACGGACUCGGCGAGCGUCACCUGUGAGGACGUGGUUUCUCCGGGGCACCUGGCGCACACUUACCACUUGGAGGUCAGGGAGGGUAACCACGUGGCAGCGACCUACAACAACUCUUUGCCUCGCUUCAACCUGACGUCGCUGGCUCCCGGACGCGACUACACACUGGUGCUACACGCCGCCCACGCCAAGGGGAGCAGCCCGCCCACCUACCUCACGCUGCGCACCCUCACCCCUAAGGCCGAACAGGUGGCGCCGGAGAGAGUACCUGUGGAACUCAAGAACCCAGGGGAGGACGCACCCACACCCACAGACACCCCGCGGGACCCUGGAGGCACCCCGCUAAGUGUGGUGGUGUCUGGGGCGGUCGUGGGCGUGGUGGUUGGCGUGGCGGUGGUGGUGGCGGGCGUGGUAACCUGCCGCGCCCGCAGAGGCCACGGCAGCUCCCCGGGGAAGGCUCACCACCACCAUCAUAACGUCUCGGGUGAAUCGUUGCUGGAGAUGCCGAGUCAGGGGGUGAUGUUCCCGACCUAUAGUGGGGGCAGCCAUCCCUCGUGUGAGCUCCUGACCACCUUCUCGCCCGGCCCCGUGGUGGUGACCCAGGUGACCUCCGCCCGCUCCUCCCGCCGCUCCUCACCCCUCAUGCGCAAGUCCUCCACACGCAGCGCACCCGGCGGGAGUUCCCCAAGGAGGACGCGCCCCCGAGCUGCCUCAUGUCGCGGUGGUCCUGUUCAUGUCCUUGAGGUGGAGGCGGAUGACAUCACAACACCGCGGGUCGAGAUUCACUCCCCGUCAAGGCUCUCCAGGCUCAGCUUACGGAACCUACGCCGAAGGGAAUCCCAGCCUAUCAUGAACCGGGAAUCCCAGUCCGUGCUGAGCCUACCGCAUUCCCAGGAGGUGGAAGGGACCCAGGGAGCGUUAACCCCCUCCAACGUGCAGCCUCAGCCUCAGAGUGAGGUGCAGAUGGAGCAGAGUGUGAUGGGGCUGACCGAGGAGCAGAUAGGUUUUGAUACUCUCCAGCCCCCGCAGCCAGUCCUCGAGCCCCAGCCUGAUGUAGCACUGCCCCCAGAACCCCAGGCUGUCCUCCCUCCCCUCACAGCUCCCUACGUCCACCUGACACCUCCCCCUGGGCAUGUCUCCCCUGCACCAUUACCCCAGCAGCUGGCUCUCUCCCCCCAGGUCUCCCAGCAUCACCUCUCCCCGCACCCCACCUCGCACCCCCUCCACCACCCCCCGCCACAGCCCCUCCACCCGCAGAUACACACAGUCUCGCUCCCCCAGGUAAUGUACCCCGCCGCCCUCCCCCAUAUGGCCCCGAUCCCCGUGGUUGAGCCCCCCCCGCAGUCCCCCCUCACCUCUACCCCCAGCUUCACACCUCCACACUGCUCCUCCGCACGACGCCCCAGUACACCAUCACCAUCCCCCACGGCACAAUGCCACACCCACACCCACCUCCACUGA